AUGACACCGACACCCGUGGGCGAUGGUGCGAAAAGUACCACCCACACCAUUUAUGAAAUGGGAUCGACAGCCACCUCCACAAUGUCACUGUCAACGACAGCAGAUAGCACCAGAAGAAAUUCCGAUGAGCUGAAUGAUCUUCCUGAUUCACAAGAUGUCACCGACCUGCACAAAGUUCCCACGACCCGGACUCGCCGGGGUUCGCAUAUGGGAGAAGCACUUGAGAACUUAGCCAGCACACUAAGUCACCAUCACGACGGCCACCUAGAUCUGGAUGUCGUGCCUUCACGACGAAGCGAGCGCAGCACUCAUCGCUCCUUCAGACAUGCGUCACCAAGGAGAAUGCCCGAUCUUGCAGAGGAGGCUGGCUCACCUAGUGAGGCUAAAUACCAAGGGAUCCCACCAGAGAUUGGUAGCUUCACAGCCGAAGUCAUUUUCGUCUUUGUGUGCUCUGCUGGCCUGAUGCUAUUCUCUUUUCUACUCGGCGAUAUCACGGUAAAUCAAGAAGAAUUCAAGCGCUCUCUAGGUAUCAGCAAUAGCGAGCUUCCCUGGCUACUGGGAGCAUAUACUACGCCGCUCUCCCUCUCAGUCGUGAUAUCAGGCUCACUGAGUGAUUUGGCUCCACCAAGAAUGAUUAUGGUCUGCGCAUUUGCGUGGCUUCUUGUCUGGAAUGUUGUUGGCGUGUUCGCCACAGAGAAGGCGAUUCUCUUCUAUAUCGUCAGGGCGAUGCAGGGACUCGCUAUUGGAGUUUUAGUCUCCGGCUCAAUGAGUAUCCUCGGUCGAGUCUACAAACCAGGACGUCGCAAGAACCAGGUUUUCUCCGCCAUGUCAGCCACUGCACCUUUUGGAUUUUGGCUCGGCGGUAUCCAGGGCGGAGCGUUGAAGUCUUACUUAUAUUGGAUUUUUGGCUCAAACGCUAUCAUUUCUGGAUUCUGCCUGGUCGCAGCAUACACCACAAUCCCUCCACUUCGCCCUGUGGCUGAUAUUGCCGGUACCGAUGCACCGACAAUUCGAGACUUUGACUUCAUCGGGGCUGGCUUUGCAGUGACCGGUUGUAUAUGCCUUCUAUUUGGACUGACACAAGGAUCCGUUGUACAAUGGAGCCCAUACACGUACGCCCUUGUCGUGGUCGGGAUUCUGUUGUUGAUUGCUUUCUUUUUCGUGGAACGUUGGGUUUCAAGACCGCUUAUCCCCAAUAGCCUAUGGAAAACCAAGGGCUUUACUCCGCUCAUGAUCGCAUACUUUCUCGGUUAUGGCGCUUUCUCCGGAGCCUGGCAAUUCUACGCCGUCCAAUUCUGGCUACGCAUCCAGAACCACGCACCUCUUACGGUUGCGCUAUACCUCCUUCCAAACGCAAUAGUCGGAGUCCUAGCAACGUGGCUAGUCAGCAAAACCCUCCACAUUGUUCCCGGCCACUACAUCUAUCUCACGGCGAUGUUCGCGUUUGCCCUAGGGCCGGUAUUCUUCCUACCGCAAACAUCAGGAACAACCUACUGGGCACUCUCGUUCCCGGGAAUCGCGUUGGUGACCUUUGGGCCGGAUCUUUCGUUCGCGGCUGCUUCGAUCUAUAUCACAAGCAACGUACCACGCUCAUACCAAGGGAGUGCCGGCAGUCUUCUUGUCACGAUGCAGAAUCUGAGUUCAGCCGUCAUGACCGCGGUCGCUGAUGCGGUUGGCACGGGAGUGGAUCGAGGACCAUCUGGCGAUAUUGGACUGGAGGGAUUGAGAGCGAUUUGGUGGUUUGCUCUCGCUUGUGAGAUUGUUGCUGGUUGUAUUACGUUGUUUUGGGUGCGAAUUCCGAAGGAGGAGGAGAAAGAGCAUAUUACCUGA